AUGCCCAAGCGCCCGAUGCCGCAAGCCAUCGUCUUCGUCACCGGAAAUGCGAAGAAGCUGGAGGAGGCAGUGACCGUGACCCUCCCGGUGAAGCACAUCUUGUCCUCGGGAUCGGAGGAGCUCCCUUUCGAGGUCACGUCGCAGAAGGUCGACUUGCCCGAGCUGCAGGGAUCGAGCGCGAAGGAUAUCGCGGUGGAAAAAUGCCGCCUCGCUGCGGAGCACGUGAAAGGGCCCGUGAUGUGCGAGGACACCUCCUUGUGCUACCAUGCACUCAAAGAUCUCCCAGGUCCAUACAUCAAGUGGUUCCUGGAGAAGUUGGGCCAUGAAGGGCUCAACAAGCUGCUUGCCGGCUACGAGGACAAAUCGGCCUACGCGCAGUGCCUCUUCACGCUCUGCGCCGGCCCGGGCAAGGAGGUGCGCGUCUUCGACGGCCGCACAGAGGGCAAGAUCGUGGAGGCCCGAGGCCCCAAGGACUUCGGUUGGGAUCCGGUCUUCGAGCCCUUGGAAGGCGAGGGAAAGACCUUCGCCGAGAUGGCGAAGGAGGCCAAGAACGCGAUCUCCCAUCGUGGUCGAGCACUGCAGCUGCUGCGGACCUGGCUGAUUGCAAAUGCCGCGACCUUCGAAGCGGAGUCCAAGUGA